AGGGAGCAUGGCGGGAAACCGAUGGCGUGGGACUGAAGAAGGCUUUACUAAUCGGCGAUCCGCACAUCUUGCGCGUCUUCUCAUUUUUCCUUUCGAUCCCUCUCGACAUAUUUGUUGAUCUCGACAGUCGUGGUCGCUGAGCAGAUGAUUGGCUGUGCUAUGUACGAGCUGGUUCGUGUAGGACACUAUGAGCUUGUUGGAGAGGUCAUCCGUAUCGAUGGUGACAAGGCGACGUUGCAAGUUUACGAGGACACUUCGGGAGUUACGGUCGGAGACCCUGUCUUGAAGACCGGGAAGCCUCUAUCCGUCGAAUUGGGUCCCGGUAUCUGCUCCAACAUCUUUGACGGAAUCCAACGGCCUUUGCAAGCCAUUCAGGAGGUGUCUCAAAGUAUCUACAUUCCGCGUGGUAUAAAUACACCUGCGCUUGACAAGAAGCUCAGCUGGGACUUCGAGCCUGUUAACUACAAGGUCGGAGAUCAUAUCACGGGAGGCGACAUUUACGGAAAGGUUUACGAGAACAGUUUCAUCACAAACCACGGCAUUAUGCUUCCGCCAAAAGCUGCGGGUACCAUCACAUACAUCGCGCCAAAGGGACAAUAUAACCUUACGGACACGGUUUUGGAAGUGGAGUUCAACGGAGAGAAGACGAAAUACACCAUGUUGCAGACAUGGCCCGUCCGUAGCCCCCGUCCAGUCACGGACAAGCUGGCGGCCGACUACCCUCUGCUCACCGGUCAGCGUGUGCUCGAUGCGCUUUUCCCAUGUGUACAAGGCGGAACUACCGCUAUCCCCGGAGCUUUCGGAUGCGGCAAGACCGUCAUCUCUCAAGCGUUGUCGAAAUACUCCAACUCCGACGUGAUCAUUUACGUCGGGUGCGGAGAGCGUGGAAACGAGAUGGCGGAAGUACUCAUGGACUUCCCAGAGCUCUCCAUCGAAAUCGACGGGCGCAAGGAGCCCAUCAUGAAGCGUACAGCCCUGGUGGCCAACACCUCCAACAUGCCUGUUGCCGCCCGUGAAGCCUCUAUCUACACGGGUAUCACUCUCUCCGAGUACUUCCGUGAUCAGGGCAAGAACGUGGCCAUGAUGGCUGACUCGACCUCUCGUUGGGCUGAGGCAUUGCGUGAGAUUUCGGGCCGUUUGGCUGAAAUGCCUGCUGAUUCUGGUUACCCUGCCUACUUGGGAGCCAAGCUUGCAUCCUUCUACGAGCGUGCCGGUAAAGUUGUUUGUCUUGGAAACCCAAGACGACAAGGAUCUGUUUCCAUCGUCGGCGCUGUAUCACCUCCCGGAGGAGACUUCUCGGAUCCCGUGACGCUCGCCACCCUUGGUAUUGUGCAGGUCUUCUGGGGUUUGGACAAGAAGCUCGCGCAGCGCAAGCACUUCCCCUCCGUCAACUGGUCCGUCAGUUACUCAAAGUACAUGAAGGCUUUGGACGCGUACUACGAGGGCUUCGACCCGGAGUUCACCAACAUCAGGACUAAGGCUAAGGAAGUGCUGCAGUCUGAGGAGGAUUUGUCUGAAAUCGUGCAGUUAGUUGGAAAGUCCGCCCUCGCCGAAUCCGACAAGAUCACUCUCGAAAUCGCCAAAAUCCUUAAAGACGACUUUUUGCAACAGAACGGUUACUCCGCUUACGACCGCUACUGCCCCUUCUACAAGACCACCGGCAUGCUGAAGAAUAUGAUGGGAUUCUACGAUAUGGCGCGGCACACCGUUGAAGCGUCUUCGGGCACCGUUACGUGGGCGAAGAUUAGGGAUAACAUGGGUGAUAUGAUUUACAAGCUUAGCUCGAUGAAGUUUGAGGACCCAGCAGAUGGCGAGGAUGUUAUUAAGGAACGGUACGCCACUCUGCACAAGGAUAUGGACGAGCGGUUCCGGGCUCUCUUGGAUUGAGAUGUGUUAUAGUACUUCAAAUCAAAAACUUUUCGUCAACUUCUGAUUUCUGAUGGUUGCUCGCGGACAAAUUCACGCAUAGCGACCUUUAUAAAGCACUCUCUUGCAUGAGCCGAAAGCUUGAUUUGCCAUUAUAUCGAAAGUGCAGGGAAUCCGGCGGGGAUCCCGUGCAAA